CAGGGAGAGGAGCUGCAAGCAUUCAGACAGAGCAGUGUGCAUCCUCGUUGUGCCAGAGGCCGGUCCAGACGUUCCAGACAGCGCGGCAGACUUCGUGCUGACCCAGCCAGUCACCGUGGAGACCGUGGAGGAGGUCCUCAGAAGGUGCAGCUUCCUGUCAGAGCAAAGCCAAAAUGACAGCCCUUCUGCCUCUGCCUCUGCAAGUUCCAACACUGCGGUGGGACAAGAACCUGAACCUGAGGCAACCAAUCAUCAGGCAGAACCAGCGACACCUGUACAGGAGCAGGGCCGAGGGUGUGGCCGGUCCUAGCGGGCCCCUGCCGGAGGGGCCCAGCGCGGAGCUCACCAGCGGGGACCUGCAGGCCUUCCUGCACUCCAAGAAGGAGCAGCAGAGGAGGAUGCAGAUCAGGCAAUGCUGCGAGCGCCUACGUGAGCUGCUGCCGUUCAUCAGGUCCCGGACCGACACGGCGUCCACCCUGGAGCUGACCGUCAAAUACAUGGCCUACCUCCGGCAGCGGCUACCCCAGGACAUUUUGGAUAAGGUAGUUAAAGCCCUAGAAGAGAAUGGGCCUGAGAGAUGGUACAAACCAACUAAAGCCCCUAAGAAGCGCCGAACGACGUGCCCGGUGAGGAAUAAAACAGCGGACGUGCCGAUAGCAGUCCCGACCGACGCCAGUUUUGCUGAUGAUUUUAUUGCAGCGCACGUUUUGGGGAGACACAUUCAGCCCAAGUUGGAGGGGAUCCAACCCACUGGCCCGCUCCCUCCGGGCAUGCUGAUGAGCCAGCCCUUCGACCCUCCCCCGGGUCUGACCUCGGGCCCGGGCCUGACCUCGGCCCCAGGUCUGAGCUCGGUCCCCGGCCUGACCUCGGCCCCGCGUCUGACCUCGGGCCCGGGUCUGAGCUCGGCCCCGGGCCCGAGCGUAGCGCUGGGGCAGGCGUCCGAUCCCUACGGUCAGGCGUCCGGUCCGUACGGUCAGGCGUUCGUAAUGAACCAGGCCUACGGCGAACCAGCAGCGCCGGGGCCCGGCUACGGGCCGCCGGUGUUCUGGAAGCAGGCUUGCGGCCCGGUCUCGUCGGGCGUGGUGAACCAGAACUUCGUCCCGCAGACGGUUCACAACCCGGGUCAUCCCUUCCUCCGGGGGUCAUCCCUUCCUCCGGUUCAGACGCUGAUGGUGGGCCCGGGGUUCCUCCCUCGGGUGGGUCCGGACCCAGCGUAUCCUCCCCCGCCUCCUCGGCGUGUGAUGAUGAACCAGACCUUCGCUCCCCUGGGGUCCCUGAAUGACCCCCGCCCUCCGGGGGUCACCACCAACCCUCCGCCCGCGUGCGCUGCUGCGUCCGGGGGCGUGUCCGACUACGGGCCAAUCACGACGGCGGGCUCGUGGGAGGACCGUCUGCUCACUGAGAUACUUUACGACUCCGCCCCCUCCCAGCCCAGCUUAAGCUCCUCCCACAGCGCCAUCAGAGGGGAUAACCUGCCACAGAGCUCCGCCCCCGUGCACCCGUUCUCCUCUUCCCUGUCCCGUCCACCCCAGUGGGAUUUUGGCUGUGGGAGUGGACCUGUGUACCCCCUUCAGCCGUACUUCCUGGAGAGUUUACCCCCACCCUCCAUCACCCACCCUGUCCCAGCUCAGAAUGCUACUGGUCCAGGGUCCAUUUAUCCAUUUUUGGGAGAUGUGGGCACCAAUAAACUGUACGGACAGCACUACACAGGACCCACAGACUACCAGAUAAAUUUAAACUGGGGAAAUGGAUCAAGUUAAAGAAGAUGGAUGGCAUGCUCAGGAAGGUCCACAGAAAAGUAAAGUUUAAUUUUAUUUAUUUAUUAUUUAUCUAUUUUUAACUGGCUUGUUUUGUUUCAUGCUUUGCAUUUUGUGGCCUAAUUUUGAGAUGGAUUUGUUGUCAUGUACAUUUACAUAUAGCCUGUGAAAUGUCUUUCUGUUAUGUCUUUGUUCAAGCACUGAGGCAUCUUAGUCCAUAUUUGUUCAUUGUAACCUUAUUUUCCUGGUUGCAAAUGUUUUUCAACAACUAAUAUGUUAUUGGCUUUGAAUCACUGUUUUAUUUAAAGAUUUGGGGGGAAAUUGUUGCUGUCAUAUCAUGAUGUACUGUUGUGUUCCAACAUCUGUUUAGUCUUUGUGCUGUUUUACUGACAACAGAUAUCUGCUGUGGGUCUUAGAUGUAUACUCCAGGACCUGGAAAAUGUAUCUCCCUUUAAUGCACAUUUCUGAAACAAAGCCAUUGCAUAUGUGACUUGAAUGAAUCACUUGUUGGAAACUAAAGGGCUAUGGAAGAGCUUUGUCUGUCUCUGGCUGUCUCACUGACAAAAUGCAGAUGUAGCCUUUUGUCUCUGAA